CUUCGCUCUUUUAUUACAUCUAUAAACAUCAGGCUGUAGCUGGCUGUUCCCUGGAUUAGAAUGUCCUAGGACUAAGGCUGCAUGUACUCACCUAGGAAGAAAGAAGAAUUGUUUCAGAAUUUGCUGGAGCAAGUGGUUGAGCAACUCUCAAGGGUAUUUAAAAUUGAUGAACUGAAAACCGAAGUAUUUAAUCAACUGGCAAUGCUGGAGAAGAGAGUGGAAUUGGAAGGACUGAAAGUAGUGGAAAUAGAAAAGUGUAAGAGUGACAUCAAAAAGAUGAGGGAUGAAAUGACUGCAAGAAGUACCAGGACCAACUGCCCCUGUAAAUACAGUUUCCUGGAUGAAAACAAAAAGCUGAUACCCCGAAGGGAUGUUCCAUCCUAUCCUAAGUACAUGCUUUCUCAGGAGACAAUAGAUGCUCUUAGGAAACCAACUUUUGAUGUCUGGCUGUGGGAACCCAAUGAGAUGCUGAGUUGCUUAGAACACAUGUAUCAUGAUUUAGGACUAGUGAAAGACUUUAACGUCAACCCUAUCACACUGAAACGGUGGCUGCUGUGUAUUCAUGACAAUUACAGAAACAAUCCAUUCCAUAAUUUUCGACAUUGCUUCUGUGUUACCCAGAUGAUGUACAGCAUGAUCUCACUCUGCAACCUCCAGGCAAAGGUUUCCCAAAUGGAUAUCUUAAUGCUGAUGACAGCAUCAGUGUGUCAUGAUCUGGAUCACCCAGGAUAUAAUAACACGUACCAGAUCAAUGCGCGGACAGAGCUUGCUGUGCGCUACAAUGACAUUUCCCCACUAGAGAAUCAUCACUGUGCAGUGGCUUUCCAGAUCCUCGCACAGCCAGAAUGCAACAUUUUCUCCAGUGUUGAUAAGGAACAGUUCAAACGGAUAAGACAGGGGAUAAUUACAUUAAUCCUAGCAACAGACAUGGCACAGCAUGCUGAAAUACUGGAUUCUUUCAAAGAAAUCUUAGAUAAGUUUGACUAUUCAAAUGAGGAACACAUAACUCAGUUGAAGAUGAUACUGAUCAAGUGCUGCGAUAUCUCCAAUGAAGUUCGCCCAAUGGAAGUAGCAGAACCGUGGGUGGACUGCUUAUUAGAAGAAUAUUUUAUGCAGAGUGACCGGGAAAAAUCUGAAGGCCUUCCAGUGGCACCUUUUAUGGACCGAGACAAAGUGACCAAACCAACAGCACAGAUUGGCUUCCUCAAGUUUGUUCUUAUUCCAAUGUUUGAAACUGUGACAAAGCUUUUUCCAGAAGUUGAAGAAGUAAUGCUCCAGCCACUUUGGGAAUCCAGAGAUCGCUAUGAGGAGCUGAAACAAAUAGAUGAUACUAUGAAAGAGGUCAGGACAGCUCCUUCUCAGCAUUACAGUUGAUGCAAAGAUCCUUUAGAGGUUUGCCAAGUUCAUCUAAGCAUUGUGGGAUUAUCCAACAUGGACAAAGGAUGAAGCUGAAUAAUUAACACUACACAAGCACUUUUCACAUUCCUUUUCUAAAGACUAGUAUUUUUCCUUAUCAGUACAAAUGUUAAGGAGCCACCACUGUUGUAUAAUAUUUUUUUUUAAUUUUUGAGGUUGUCUUUUAAAUAAUAUAUUCUUAUACCAAAACAAAA